AUGGUGACUGAGCCUCAGCCUCAGCCUCAUACUGUGUGUUAGUCCAAGCAGGGGGAAAAUACCAUUGAUGUGUACUGGCUGUUCGAUGAUGGAGGUGAGUUUAUUACGUUGUUAAUUCCCUACCUGCUCACACGUAAUAAGCGCUGGGCAAGGUGCAAGGUACUUGUCUUUGUGGGCGGAGACAUCCUAGCGAAGGGAGGAGCAAAGGAAAGAGUGAUCAUGGCCCUCAUCGGCAAGUUCUGCCUUGGUUUCCAUGACGUCAAAGUGCUGCCUGAUAUCAAUGGACGACCACAACAUGAACAGUAUGGUUCCCUGUCACUCACUCUCUACUCUAUGAUUGUGUCUUAUUCAGCACUGUAUUGUCUUAUUCUUAUUGCGAGGAGGUUUGAGGAUCUGAUAUGGACCUACAAGCUGAACACCGACCAGAAGGAUGGGCAUAAUACAUGUUUUGGAAUUUUGACAGUAUCAUUGUUCUCUGCUUACUGUACCUCCAUAUAUGUGUUUUUGCUCCAGACCCUUCAACAGAUUCGUCUGAACGAGGUUCUCCAAGAUUACUCAAGGGAUGCAGCCAUGAUUGUUGUGUACAUAUUUUGUAUUUACAAAACAGAUGUUUUUAUUGCAUUCAUUGACUUCAACCCACCCCAUCCCAUUACAAAGCCCAUAAAGGUGAGAGGGAUAUUGGAGUGAUAACUGAGCUAUGUUCUCUUAUUGACAGAGCUAUAAAAAUAG